ACUGCCCAUGUGAUAUGUGUCUGGAGUGUAAGCUACAGUCUACAGCGGGUUGUCUCUCUGUUGCUACAGUAGAGGCAGUAUCCAGCAGGAGUGGGACACUUUGCCGAUAAACUCUUCGUCUUUCUCCUAACAACGCGGAUUUAAAGCGUCUGUACCGAUGUAGCGUGCGGCAGCUCCUGAACUCAUGCGGUCCUCACUCAGUAAUUCAACUGGAUGCUGACAGUCACUUGGGUGGGGCUGACGCGGAUGACAGUACACGGGAACAGAGCCCAGGGAUAAAACCAGACCGCAGAGGAUCAGUUCAAGCACCGAGGGUGGGUGCUUGGUGAAGCCAUGACCAAGCCCGAGUCGAAGAAAAGCAGCGUGGCCGCGAUCAACGCCACCGGCAAGUGCGCCACUGCCGCAUCCGCCGCCGAGCAGGUCAACAACGGAUCCCUGGAGCCGGGCUGUCCGGAUCAGAGCACAGAUAUCAAAGCCGGUGCGAUGAAGCAGACCUCCAGGGAGAGCCUGCACCGGAGGAACACGGAGUGCGAGGUCUACGACGACGGCACCAAUACCUUCUUCUGGCGAGCUCAUACUGUGACAGUGCUGUUCAUUCUGACCUGUGCUCUGGUCUACGUCACGCUGCUGGAAGAGACCCCGCAGGACACGGCCUACAACACUAAGAGGGGGAUUGUGGCAAGCAUCCUGGUGUUCCUCUGUUUUGGAGUGACACAAGCCAAAGAUGGACCCUUCACCAGACCACAUCCAGCCUACUGGCGAUUCUGGCUUUGUGUCACUGUCGUCUACGAGCUGUUCCUCAUCUUCAUACUAUUUCAGACGGUGCAUGAUGGACGACAGUUCAUGAAGUACAUUGACCCCAAGCUCGGGGUAGCCCUCCCUGAGCGCGACUACGGAGGAAACUGCCUCAUGUACGACCCAGGCAACACCACCGACCCCUUCCACAACAUCUGGGACAAGAUGGAUGGCUUUGUUCCAGCUCACUUCCUGGGAUGGUAUAUCAAGACGCUGAUGAUUCGGGAUUGGUGGAUGUGUAUGAUAAUCAGCGUCAUGUUUGAGUUCCUUGAAUACAGCCUGGAGCACCAGUUACCUAACUUCUCCGAGUGCUGGUGGGACCAUUGGAUCAUGGAUGUGUUGUUGUGUAACGGUCUGGGGAUCUACUGUGGCAUGAAAACGCUGGCCUGGUUGUCAAUGAAGCCUUACCAGUGGCAGGGCCUGUGGAACAUUCCUACGUACAAGGGGAAGAUCAAGCGUAUAGCAUUCCAGUUCACACCAUACAGUUGGGUGAAGUUUGAGUGGAAGCCUGCUUCAACAGUUCAGCGCUGGCUUGCUGUGUUAGGCAUCAUCUUUAUGUUCCUCCUGGCGGAGCUGAACACCUUCUACCUGAAGUUUGUGCUGUGGAUGCCUCCUGAACACUACCUGGUGCUGCUCCGCCUGGUCUUCUUUGUCAACGUGGGAGGCGUAGCCAUGAGGGAAAUCUACGACUUCAUGGAUGACCCGAAGUUCCACAAGAAGCUAGGCCAGCAGGCGUGGCUGGUGGCAGCAAUCACAGUGACCGAGUUCCUCAUAGUGGUCAAGUAUGACCCCAACACCAUCAUGCUGCCCAUCCCCUUCUUCAUCAUGCAGUGUUGGUUUCUAGGAAUCGUCCUCAUCUUUACCUGGACCGUGUGGCGGUUCUUUAUCCGAUCAUGACACAAAUACACAUGUAGAGGCAAACUGAUGGACACAUGUAUGUGCUGUGUAGACUUUUUUUGUGCCUACAUGAACCAAGUAGUCAUUCAACAGAGGCGAGGGGUGGAAGGGGCAAUUUUCAUUCUGUGCAUUGUCUAGUUAUCGUCUUACUACAGGGAUUUACCUCAUUCUAUUUUUUUAAAGAACAUUUGGGGAAUUAUACACAGGACGGGAUACAUUUUUGUGUUAUUUAUACAUUACUUUUAAAAGAAAAAGCUGAAUCAAAGUGAGGUAUAGCAAUGGAAGGAGGGAUAUAGGUGACCAGGGAAGUAGAUAGACUCUUGACCAAUAAUUGACAGCAGUUUCCAUUUUCUCAGCUGCACUUUAUUUUAGAAAACAAGAGAUAAGCAUCAGGAAAUAAGUCCGCCACUGUAAAUAUGCUUUGUUCUGUGUUGUGCAGUCGCAUCAGUGCAGGUGAGAAAAAAGGAUUUGGAGCAGUGACGAGUUUCUGUAGGUAACUAAUGUUCAGUACCAACCUGCAGUUUUCUUGCCAAGCAGCAGUUAAAAUGGAGCUUUGUUAAUAAUGACACAUUUCUGUUAUGUGCAGUUAAAACUACACUUUCUUUUUUGUUCUAUUGAUUCCCAUGCAAUUUUUGACAAUUUAGAGUACUCUUUUCUUAGGUUUCAUCCCAGGCUCUUGAGUUUACAUGUGGGAGACAAUAUAAGCUUUUCAUUUACAGUUAGGGGUUCUCAUUCCUGGAAGCACUGAGCCUCGAGGUCCUUGUAACCACCGGGGAUCCUCCCUCAGUCUGACGCAGUGAGGAGAAAGUCCUCUCAGGCUUUGUUCUUGCGAAGGACAAGCUUGAUGUACCAUAUUCUAGGUAUUUAACUGCUGAUAAUGUACAUGAUAUAUGGGAUAUAGUUUGAUUGUUUCAUUUGUAGAUGUUUUCUUAUCACUAUUAUUAUUUCUUUAGAAUAAAUCAAUUCUGAACACUAUUCUCAAGUUCCUUUUUCGUAAAACGAGGCACUGAGAAAUCUGCAGCACUCUAAUAAACACAUUCAUGACAAUCACACUGAUGGGAAGCUGUGCUCCCUGUUGAUGGAGACAUGUUGGCUCACAUACAGCACAGUAACAGGACUGUAAGUAAGGCUAGGCUCAGCUCAUGGCUCAUUCAGUCAUACCAGAACGUGGAUUUAAUAUCUGAUUCCUUUCAUGCCAAUUGUUUUUUUGUUUUUUUUAUUUAACUCCUGAAUUUUCAUUAAAAUGUCAUGUUCUGCUGUGUCUGAAUUAGCUGAGACCAAAUGAAAACAAAUCUUAAGAGGGGGUAACAUGAAGGUUUAGUUGUGUUUUGGUUCGGGUAGAGAACCAAUCUUUCCAACUCUGUGGGGUUGCCAUAUUGCACAUGCAACAAGCCAAAGCUCAGAUCUCAUUCUCGCUGAAGCCAUAAAUGCCACCCAGACUCACUUGAGCUGCUCAACUUCAUUUUAGAUUCCUUUCCAUUUCAACUAAAGCAGAGUCCCAAAGCCAUCAGGAGAAGUCAUACAGUUUCUGUUACAAAAGGAAAUUUACUCUUAAAGGUCAGACCACUGAAACCUAAUUUACUUAAAAACAUUACAGACCUCAACUCGCUUAUUUCUGUAACAUUGAAUGUCUCAGUCUAAACAUGUGGAGUCAUGAUAAGGUUUUCGAUGUCCUUGUCGGUUACCAAGUUGUUAAAUAUGGAGCUGUAACGAUGAGUAGAUUAAUUGAUUAGUCGACUGAAGAACAAUCAGCAACUAUUCUGAUGAUUGAUUAGUUUCAAGCAAAAAUGCCAAACAUUCUCUGGCAGCAGCUUCUCCAGGGUGAGAAUUUGCUUUCUUUCCACUGUCUUAUGCCUCUUCUUAUUAUAUUGUUAACUAGAUAUCUUUAGGUUUGGGACUGACAAGAAACUAUAAAUUAUUGAAGCUAUAAAGGCAAUUUUCCACUUUUUUUCUGACCUAUAGACAAAACCAUGAAUUAGUUAGUGAAGAAAAUAAUCUGCAGAUAAAUCAAUAAUGAAAAUAAUUGUUAGUAGCAGUCUUAGGUGUUCUGAAUGUUUCAUAAUGAUACAAAGAUAGGCUUUGCUUUAUAAGAAAAUGAGGUCAAACUGAAAAUAACACCCUUGCGUUCCAGUCUGUUUGGAUAUUCGCUGUUCCCAAAAACUGUCCUUCAGAAAGCUUUUGUCUUUGUUCUGUUCAGGUGCUGUGGCUGUCAGAGAAUCAGUUGUAAAUCUGUGUUACUCUUUGUGUCCGAGUAGCUACAUACUACAAAGUAGACAACAUCUGUGAAUAUAGCUCCAGGCUUUUGUGUUGUAAACUAGGCAGGAGUUUAAUGACACUAUAGUAACUUGCUUGUGAAUGUAAUUCAGCAGAAUCUGCUGUUCAAAUGAGAGGGUCUGAUCAUCAUUUAUCACUUUAUUAUGCCAUAAACACAAAAGUUUUUCAUGCUUGUAACUGUUUGCAUAUACAAUACAGAGAUUGCUGUGUAAAUUUAAAACCCUAAAACUAAUGUUUAGCCGAUAUGUCCAAGUCUGUACUAGUUAUCCCGUGCUGUGCUAAUCCAGUCGCUUGUUAACUUGGUAGAAGUUCCCCUUUCUUAAAUGAAUGCUUUAAGCGUGGGCUGGGGGGGGAUUCACUGUGUACCUGUGUCCAUGCCUCAGAUUGGUCUAAAUGCUUUUCUUUAAAAUCACGUUAAGACUUAAAACAACCCAAGUCAUGAAUUUGCACAUCAGCUCUGAAAUCACUAAACAGUGAAUUUGGAAAAUGAACUCAUAAAUGAGCUGUGGAACAGAAUAGGACCUUUUCCUUCAGUGUGUUUUAAGGGUUCAGUGUGCUAUCACUUGCAGCCACAUAGGGGCAGUAUAUGUUCUCCUACUGUCGCUGCCCUGUCUUCUUGGCAAAGAUCAUUCGCAACGUGCUGUAAAAAAGCCAUUUUAAACUUGGUUUGUGUAAAUGUGAACAUGUUAAAGAUCAUACAAACUGAAAAAUGCUGCUGCACCACUGCACAUUUUAUAAUGUUUUCAAUAAAAUCUACUGAAAACCUGAAAUAA